AUGCGACUGUCGCUCGUCUUUGAGUUUUUGCUCAUCUUCGUGUUGGUUGCUUUUGCAGCAUCGAGGGUUAUAGAUCCUAAGGAGGAGUCUUAUGGAAGAGCGUUGAGGAAACAACAUCAUCACCAUCAUGUGGCUCAUAAGAACAGACAGCAAGAUUCACCAAACAAGUAUUGCAGCUGCUCUGCUAAACUAUGCAACUGCUGCAGGGACUUUAAUAUUCCCGUGAUGGCUUUGCAAGGACCAGGAUGCGCGUCUUUGCAAUACCUUCGAGGCGACCGUCUGGCAAUCUCCAUGAGCUUCGGGGAUCGCGUCCUUACUAACACCACGAUCGAUGGCAAAAAACCGAAGCCCGUUUGCAUGCCUUUACCUGGAGGUGUAUCGAAGUUCUGCGGACGCGUCUACAAUAUCGGCCGCCAGGGAGAGGACUUUAAUGCCUGCCUUGGACUUGAGCUUAGGGCAGUCCAGGACGUAGAGGCCGCCCUUCGCGUGUCCUGUUUCCGUUUCGGACCUAAAGGACUUAAAGUUGAACCUCCACAGCCUUUGCCUGUUGUACAAGCAGAGAAUACUGAAGAUGAUGAGGACGAUGAUGAUGAUGACGAUGAUGAUGAUGAGUUCGAUUUCGAUGAUGUCGAUGAUAUUGAAGACGAUGAUGAUGAUGAGGAUGAAGAAGAAACUGAAGAUGAUGACGCUGAUAACGACGUGGAUUCCGUGGAUUACGGCACUUUCAGUGUGUUCGACGAUGAUUUUAUCGAUAGCUUCUUCGUACCUUCUGAAUCUGGAACCAAGAAGAAAAAGGCUAGUACUACUACUACCGUAAAACCACCAGUUAAGAAAAUCACCAGGAAGCCAUUAAGGACUGUUACUAAGAAAACUGUAGCAUCUACUACGCCCAUCCCGACUACUAAAAAAGCAGCAGUGGUCACUUCCACCGUUAAGCCCAUUAAGAAGCAGAAGUUGAAGAAGACUAAGAAACCACAGAAGACAACUACUCCAAUUGCAACAAGUACAACUACUCAAGCAACAACAACCGCAGCGAUCAUGCAAUUGAUUACUUCCGCUACAAUCGUUUCUUCGGAAAACGUAUCUGAUGUGAAACUCUCAGAAGGAGUAGUAGUGCCAUCAACGCCGCACGAAUCGAUUGCCGCGGUGACAGCUAUGUUACAGAACAUCCCUGGAGAAGGUAUGCCUCAAGCUGAUUUGAAACCUACAGCCUCGGCUCCAGAGCCAACUGUCAUGCCGGCCAGUGAUCCGAUGCCAACUGAAAAACAAAGUGAAUUCACCACUACAGAGCAAGCUGUGACCCAAGAGACUAUGAAGGAAGAAGUCACUGAAGCGUCUGAGACAACAACCUCCAUGGCAACCACUCAAAUGGAUUUCGAAGAAGAUGAGGAUGAGGAGGAAGAUGAGGAAGUUGCGGCUUCUGAGAACUACAUCAUCAAAAACGAUGAGACUGUUGAGAGCGAUGAGGAUUCCGAUCCAAUCACAGACGUUGUCGGUGAUGUGAUCAGCGAUGAAAUCGAUGAUGACGAUGAUGAUGAAGAGGAGACUAAGAGCACUACUCCAGUAUCUAAAGUGGAGAAAGAAGAGAAGAAGAAAACUGAAAAGAAAGACGUAUUCACUGAUAUCAUUGAUGGAGUAGUUGAUACUUUUACUGGUGCGGAGAGCGAUGAGGGAACAAAGAACGAAAGCGCUGAUGACGAUGAUGAUGAUGACGAUGAAGAGGACGAUGAUGAUGAUGAUGUUGACUUCGAGACUAGAAAAGCCAAGCAGCAUCAAUCGAAGAGAAACGGCGGAAAAUUCAGACAGAGCAGAGACAUGUGGCUCGGAAGAUUGCACUGGUAA